GUUGGAGGCUAAGCUGGCUAUCCCGUCCGUGUGGAUUUGACGUUUCAUGGUGGAUGUUUAUCAAACAGCCCAUAGAGAUUCCUGCCUCUCUUGGUGUCGACGAUGGGGGAUUUACCUGAAUUAGACCAGAGCCCGAAGUUUUGCAUUACAUCAGAGAGCGUGCUUCUCUGAGCUGCUUUAUCCCAGUGAGGGAGCUUCCAUCAAGGUGCUCCUCGCUCGGCCUGCCUCAAAAUGGAUGCACUGCUGAAUCCUGAACUCAGGGAAAACACAAUUGAUGGUUCGAUCAAGGUUGAAAACACCUCACAGCAAGUCAUAUUUAGAGGCCUUGCUCCUCGAGUUGUUUUAACAAACCAUCUCCAGUCUAAAGUGAAUCUUGAGAAACAGGGUCGACAGAAGGUCUCUUUCAGCUUCACCCAGACUAAGAAGCCACGCCAGAAAGUGUUCCUUGUCCCACAAAGUCCAGAGAAAGGGGCAAAUGAAAUUUCUCCUGCAGUGCAGUCUACAAAUUUGCCCCCUGCAGACCUUACAACAGGACAGAGUGCUGAAAGCAAGAAUGAGCAAAUUGAACCCCCUGUUGUGCCCACAGAGUCCCAGGCAACACAGUCCCCAGUACCCCUCACCUGCAAAGCGAAACAUGACAUGAUGCAUUUUAAGAAACAGAUUUUGAGUAUGUCUGUUGUUGAAGAACAGCCCACAGUCAGUGCUUUUUUAAAUGAUGCCAUCUCAGAGACCGAAGUUUUAAUUAGAUCUUCAACAAGAAUUGAAGGUGAACCCCCUGUGGCUCCCCCCCAACAAAACUCUGUCCCUGACUGUUCAGAAAAAGUUAUCAGAGAGGAAAGCGCUCAGGAGAAAUUAAACACUCGCCUUAAGGGACCAAGCGAUUCCUGCCAUAUUGGGAACGAGUGUAAGGAAAACAUUUCUGAGCCUGAACACAGCAAAAAUGUCCACCAGUCAGACAAUACUCUGCCAGGUUCUGACUUUGAUGGUGAGUCUGUUCGGAUAUCUUCUAACCAGAAGUCUAGUGAUUCCAAGAAUGUGGCAAAGUCUGAUAGUCAGAGUGUUUCUGUUAAGAAGUCCUCAGGCUCCAAAAGUGACGUAUCGGACAAAUCCAGAUCAGAUAAGAGAGAGGAGAAGGAUGAAAAAGGGUCUAGCCGAAGUAAAUUGGAGAGAGACUCUAGACACACCUACUCACGAUCUUCUCGUUCUGAUCGAAGGAGGACCAGGAGUCGGUCACGGUCUAGAUCCCGAAGUUCCCGGACAAGUUCUUCAUACUCCAGAUCUGAGAGAUCAAGAAAUGAAAGGCAGUCAAGGACAGAUAGGUCACAUUAUCAUGAUUCUGAAAGGAGAUCCCACAGAAAUUCACGCGAACGGAGGAGGUCACGCUCCCGAGGUGAUGGCAGAUCGCGGGACAGCUCCGACUCUGAAGAUGACCUCAGGAAGCUCAGGACUCGAGGCAGCGAUUCAAGCCGGUCCUCCACAUACUCUAGCUCACAAAGAGAUCCGAAGACGUCCUCUCAUUCAAAAUCCUACAGAGACUCAAAAUCCGACUCAAAGUCUUCUCCUCAUUUGUCAGAAGCUGACAAAAGAUCACAGUACUCAAGAAUAGAAAGAUCUGGGAGAACUAAUUGCACUGAACCAAGUAAAAGGAGUUCUCCAGAGACUGAAGGCAGUCAUAAAAAGUCCAAUUCCCAUUCGAAAUCGGAGAUACACGGUAAAACAUCCAAUUCGAGUAACGUAUUAAGAUCUGAGAAAAAGGUCCAAAAAACUAGCGGGAGUUCUGACUCUGAUGAUGAGCACAAAAUGAAAAUGCAAUUUCAAAGCUCAGAUCGGUCUCCUAGGUUAUCUGAUAAAAAACCAAGUCAUUCAGAUUCAAAGUCGAGUAGUGUUGGAGCAGAUGGACAAUUGUUAGCGAAAGUAAAUAUCAAUGCUAAACUUCCACACUUGGGUUCUGACAAAAACAAGUCUCAGGGAGAAUUCAGCAAGGUGGAUGUUCGUUCCCAAUGUGAAGAAAGCAGGCAGUCUAAAUCAACAAAUAAUUCCUCUCAACAACAACAGCAAGUUAUCCUAAAUGACAGUCUGAGAAGUCAUGUUGAGUUGCAAGAUUCUGAUCUUAAAGAAAAGGGUCCAGCUGCCAGUGAAGAGAAUGGUAGUAAAAUCCACAUUACGCACAAGGACAUUUCUUUAGAGGAUGAUCCGCUUGCAAAGCAGACCGACGUUACAGUUCAAAAUAAAGUGGAGAUCGUGAAAGAGGCACCGACUAACAUCGCAAAUGUUGGUACCGUUUUCAAAACUGUUGAUUCCUCUAGCUUAAUUGAGCCACCAUUUCCAGGCUACACCCCCAGUCAGGAUUCAUUAGGUUCAUUGCCAGACACUCUUUCUGUGAAAGAAUUACCACCUGGAGAAUGCUUGAAACCGAACACUAAAUUUGUUUCCCAGUUGUUUCUUAUUAAUGAAGUCGAUCCCCUACCGGUGAAUGUCGAAACCUCUGAAAAAGUUAGUGAGCAGGCAGAUAUCAAACCUGUACAGACUCAUGCUGCAGUUAUAAAACAUAAGGGUGCCCAUGUUAAAAAGUCACGCUGGGAUAUUGUUGGUCAAGACACUUUGGAUCAGUCCUCCGAAAAGGUUAACAAUGAGACUUCCUAUGUGAAAAAGGUUAUUUCAGUUAAGAAAAUUGAUUUUGCCAAUGACGCUUUCCAUAAAGAAAACUGCGCAAAGGAAGAGGGAAUUCCGGUCGAACGGACGAACGAGGAAACAACAGAGCCUGAGCGAGAAAUCAUGCAAGAUUCUGAGCAGCUAUUUUCUGCUGAUGCACAACAAACCGAUGAAGAAGGUAGCAAACAUAUCGCUGACAAGUCCCUGGCAAAUCAAGGUCCUCUAAAUCGUAGCUGCAGUCCAGGUCCUGUUAUUCAUGUUGAUCAGACAUAUGCCAGUUCUGAUCAAUUAAACAGUGAUGACGCGUAUAAACCUUUGACUCAAAAGUCUCUUUCGUUCAACUGUGAUGGUAAAAGCCACAGUGAGGAGAGUGAAACUGAUGACUCCGACUCUGAUUCAGAUGAUGGACAGGUCAGUCUGAAGCGGUUACACUCUGUGGUGGUUGUGCCAAAGAAUUCUACUAUAACCCAUGAGACAACUGACCGGCCAACACCACCGACUAGCCCAUUAACUCUCUCUGGACAGCUAACUUGUCAGCCAGAUGAGUUGAGUAUAAGCAUUAACAAUGAAAUUCCCGGUAUUUUUAAGACUCCAGUUAAGCCUUUGGAACGUUCACUCGAAGGAAGCAAACACGAUCUCUUGUCAGUUGCUGAGAAUAAAUGUCUGCCUUCUGGGCACACGCCCUACCAGUCCCAGAGCGAUUUGGUCGACAGCACUAGCCAAUCUGAGGCAACCACAACACUGGGUCACGCAGAACGAAACUGCACUGUCAAAGAAAGACCAAAGACUUGUGUCCGAACUGACCAAGUACCAAGCUAUAUUCAGAGAGAGGCUGAAUCAGGGUGUCCCCAGUAUCAGGACAAUCCAGACAGUUGGCAUGGAAGAAAGGGAGGACAGGAACAAUUUGUAAAGUUUAUUUGCACAGAUAAUCUCAGACCCCAAAAUGGUUUGAACCUGAUUUGUGAUUUCACCCAAACCGAGCAGCCCAGCAGCACAUUUCAGCAGCCAGACAGCAGCCACAGCACUCAACACCCACCCCAAAUAGGAAGUACAUUUGCCAGACAAGAUGGUGGUUACUGGACCCAGGCUAGCGUCUUUAAUAAAAGCAUGCCAGGCAAUACACUUGUGCCUUCUCCUUGUCAUGAGUCGGUGUACCAGAUCCACCCUGACUCUUUAACUAAUGACCAAGAGGAAGAUUACGAGGGAAAAGCAUUUGGACUUGAUGGAGGGGUACAAUCUAGAAAACCUCCAGGGUCAUCUGCAUUUGUUCAAGCCAAUGAGAUAAGCAGCAAUUGCAGCUUUGUAACAGCCACUGCUGAGAGCCAGAUAAUCUCAGAGCCACCAAGGGAAAGCAGCCAAAAGCCUCAUCGAGGUAGAGGCCCACCCAAGAAAAGAAGGCCAGACUUGGAGUCAGAAUCAGACAAUGAGGCUGAAGCAGGUCUUUCUUGUAAGCGAGAAUGCUUAGAGGAGCAUGAGCGGAGCAAGGACACAAAAGAGACCAAGGUUUCCUCGCAGCAAGAAGAACAACGUCCACUGCUUAGUCUGAAAGAAUUUUUCGAUCCUGGUAAUUGGAAGGAUAAAGCUAAGCAAAAAAAGAUGCCUCCUUAUUUCGACCUUAUUGAGGAAAACGUCUACCUGACAGAACGCAAGAAGAAUAAGUCACAUCGAGAUAUUAAGCGAAUGCAGUGCGAGUGCGCGGUCCUUUCCAGAGAGGAGCGGGCACAGGGAGUUAUGGCGUGCGGAGAAGAUUGUUUGAAUCGCCUGCUGAUGAUCGAAUGCUCAUCACGGUGCUUAAAUGGAGUAUACUGUUCAAACCGGCGCUUUCAGAUGAAGCAGCACGCAGAUUUUGAAGUCAUUCUAACUGAAAGCAAAGGCUGGGGUUUGCGGGCUGCCAGAGACUUACAGUCGAACACAUUUGUGUUGGAGUAUUGCGGAGAGGUUCUGGAUCACAGGGAGUUCAAGUCACGGGUAAAAGAGUACGCUCGCAGCAAGAACGUCCACUACUACUUCAUGGCUUUGAAGAAUAAUGAGAUCAUUGAUGCCACACUGAAAGGCAACUGCUCAAGGUUUAUGAACCACAGCUGUGAGCCCAACUGUGAAACUCAGAAGUGGACUGUGAAUGGUCAGCUCAGGGUUGGUUUCUUUACCACCAAAGCUGUGAAAGCUGGGACAGAACUCACAUUUGAUUACCAGUUUCAAAGAUAUGGGAAAGAGGCACAGAAAUGCUACUGUGGAGCACCAAGUUGUCGCGGCUUCCUGGGGGGUGAGAAUCGUGUUAGCGUACGGGCAGCAGUGGGCAAAAAACAAAGGGAGCGGUCUCGGAAGAAAGAAGCAGUCAGUGCACUGACUACAGUGGAUGAAGAGCUGGAGGCUCUGUUAGAGAACGGGGAAGGUCUGAGUGAUGAGAAACAAGUGGUUUCACUAUGCAGACUUAUGGUGCGUGUGGAAACUAUGGAGCAGAGGCUGACUUGCGUAAAACUCAUUCAGAACACUUCAAACUCUUCAUGCCUCAAGCAGUUUUUGGAUCAUCAUGGUCUCUCAUUGUUGUGGAUAUUCAUGGUUGAUUUAUCUGAAGCCAAAAGCAACUCCGUUAAUAACAUCAAACUGCAGAUGGAGAUAAUGAAGGCACUGGCAGUGCUGCCCAUUUCUACUAAAAACAUGCUGGAAGAGAGCCGUGUGCUCCAAUUCAUCCAGCGCUGGGCCCAGAGCCAUCCACUUGGCCAGUCUACAGAGCAAGACGGUUACUCCAGUGAGAGCACCUCCCGAGCCCACACACCUCUCCCACACACCCCUGACGGCCCCCCUGCCAAAACUGUACCAGAGCUGGACGGAGACACACCAAAACGUGCUGUCUACCGCAGACUAAAGAUCAUCAGCGAGAACAGCCUGGACAGUGCUCUUUCAGAAGGAAGCAAGGUCUCUGAUGGUAAAGAGGAGGAAGAUGAAGAGGAGGAGGAGGUGGAGGAGGAGCCCUUGCAGGAGGUCACAAUGGGCACAGCAGAAAAAAGUGAGACAAAUGAGGAACUGACUGUAACCCCAGAGCCACUAGUUAAACAGGAAGCUUCAGGUGCUGUGGAGAGUAGUGAAGCAAAACAGGAGAUGAUGAUGGAGGAUGUUAAGCAGGAUCAAACGGAAGCAGAGGAACCUGUGGAGGACUCUGCAGAGCAACCAACUAGCAAGACAGAUGAGAACCUGUCUGCUGUCAUGGAGGAGCACUGUGAAGCUAAGCCUACUGAAUUGAAAAGUCAAGAACAGACACCUGCCAUAGAGCAAGCCCAUGAUCCUGCCCCUGUCAUAGCUGAAGAAGACACUAGCCCUUCUAUGCAUCCUCCUGAUGAAAACACUCCCAGCUCUGAGACGACUUCUGAGAUUGAGAGCAUUGUGCCUUCGGUUGCUAACAUCAUGGCUCCUUCAGUCAUCGGCACUGUGCCUACAGAACCCCUUGAUGUCAACAUGCCUUCAGAUGGGAUUGAAACCACAUCUGCUGAGUCUACAGUUAACCCAGAAUCUGCACCUCUUAACUCUGACAACAUUCCACCUAAUUCUGGUACCAGCUCUGCAGAAGACCCAUCAGCUACUGAUCGUGCUGUUACUCUGGAGGGCAGUGCUUCAGUAUCAGUGGUUGGCACAGCAGAGGUGCUGUCACUGGGAAUAGUGGCAACAGAGGGCACCAUGGUGGGCACACCUUCCCAGGAUGAGGAGGAGGCUGUGUCUGACGUGGAAAGUGAACGAAGCCAAGAGCCUCAAAUUGGAGCUGCUGACAUCAGUGAGAUGGCUACUCGCUUACUUGACAGCUGGAAAGACCUGAAGGAGGUGUACAGGAUCCCUAAGAAGAGUCAGGUAGAGAAAGACUCAAAUGACCGUAGUCGGGACAGGGAAGCGAUGCUGACACCCCGCACAUCCUCUAGCAGCCGUGAGAGGGAGCGGGACAGGAGAGAGCGGGACUGGGACCGGGAGCGAGAGCGAGACUGGGAUAGGGAAAAAGACUCGUUGCUGCGUAGCGGCGAAAGGCGUCGUCGUCGAGGCUCUGCCUCUCCCCCGUACCCAUCUCCUUAUGAAAGGAGCAGUCGUAGAAACGAAGACCGCUAUGAUUCAUCCAGCAGUAGUAAGAAAUCUCGUACCAAAGAGGCUCGUACCAAGCUUUCGACAGAAGAGCGACGGAAGCUCUUUGAACAGGAGGUGGCUCAGCGAGAAGCCCAGAAACAGCAGCAGCAGCAGCAGCAGCAGCAGCUUCAACGACUAGCAUUCAAUCCGCUUGUGUAUCCUGCAAGCCCAAGCUUCAUGAACUAUCCACCAGGCUACCCUAUUCAGACCUAUGUUGACCCAUCUAACCCCAAUGCGGGCAAGGUACUAUUACCUACACCACCCAUAGACCCUAUGUGUGUGACUGCAGCUGGCACAAUUGCUUUUGAUCAGACUUUGGCAGCUGACCUGACUCUGGCUUCUCAGUCUCCCAGCACCACUCCGGCCAGCUCAGCCACAACCCUGGCACAUGUUCCUGCUACCCUGGAGUUGGCAUCGUCUGCCCAACCACAGCAGUUUGUCCAGCCAGCCGCGCCAGCUCAGGACCCUGGCGUCACUGUCCUGUCAGUUCCUGCUCAGACAGCUGGCGCCCAAGUGCAGGGCCAGCAGGGCUAUGCAACCCUUUGGGAUCCCAAUACGCAGCAGGCAGUGACCGUGCAGCCUGCUCAGCAGUACUCAAACGCAGCCCAGCCACAGACUGCCAUCUAUUACCAAGGUCAGCCAUGCCAGGCGAUCUACAGCAUUCCUGCAGGUUACCCACAGAACAACACUCCUGUCAUUCAGACGUACACAGAGCCAGCUACUGGCUACCUACAUGGGCAACAGGUCUAUGCUGGGCACCAGCAGGGGGUGGUGGUCCAGCAAGGUGGCACAGUAACCACCAUAGUCACAUCGCAGACUGUACAGCAGGAAAUGAUUGUUCCCAACAACAUCAUGGACCUUCCACCUCCUUCACCUCCCAAACCUAAAACCAUUGUCCUGCCUCCCAGUUGGAAGGUGGCGCGGGAUCCCGAGGGCAAGAUCUACUACUAUCAUAUAGUCACCAGGCAAACUCAGUGGGAUCCUCCUAGCUGGGACGGAGUUGGUGAAGAGGCCCCUGUGGAGCAUGAGGCUGAGAUGGACUUGGGGACACCAACAUACGAUGAAAAUCCAUCAAAGUUUUCCACCAAGACAGCUGAAGCAGACACGUCCAGCGAACUUGCAAAGAAAAGCAAAGAGGUCUUCCGCAAAGAGAUGUCACAGUUUAUUGUACAAUGCCUUAAUCCAUUUCGAAAGCCUGACUGCAAAAUGGGCCGCAUCAGCAACACUGAGGAUUUUAAACACCUUGCCAGGAAGUUGACUCAUGGAGUAAUGAACAAGGAGCUCAAAUCCUGCAAAAACCCCGAGGACCUGGAGUGCAACGAGAACGUUAAACACAAGACCAAGGAAUACAUUAAGAAAUACAUGCAGAAGUUUGGAACUAUUUACAGGCCUAAAGAGGACACCGAACUGGAGUAGGCUCCUUCCCCCUCACCCGCGCCGGCAUCUCUGGAGCCUCAGAGUCCAUCUGGUGGUGUUUUGGGUUUUUUUUGUUUGUUUGAUUUUUUUUUUAUACUAACACUCUGACCUUGUCCUUUACUGCUGCUCUGAAAGUUCUGCCCCUGCACGGAGACAGGAUAAUCAUGCUGAAAAAAAAGAAAAACGUACAAAAUUCUCACAGCCAGCAAGCAGAUAAACGUGCAGAAAACGCACAAAUAGGGUGCUACACAGACUUUUCUCCCCCGUAUAUCAUUUUUACGCUUUCCGUCUUCUCUGCGUCGACCUCCGCAUUACAGCGUCACCUUCACUCGCAGGACGCGCUGCAGCUCCGGGGAGAACAUGGAACCCGAGAGCUCAUUCGAUUUCCUCCGUUAUCUGCCUGCGAGCGUUGCCCUGGUUCGUGUUUUGAAAAGUCUCUGUCAGCGGUGGCUUGUGUCAGCGGCCAUUAUCGAAGGAGACAGGCAUUUCCUUACCAGCUGUUAAUCAAGACUUCCAGACGAAGGAGAAGCCGAGACUGUCAGGAAAAGCUGGAACGAUGAAGUGUGUGACGAUUUUUUUAUUUAUUUUUUUUUUCAGGUGGGGGAGGAGGCGGGGGGGCUCAGGCUAUCGGAGGUUUGCGCCCAUCUUCGCCCCAGAGCGUCGAGCGUGGCUUUACUGCGCAGGAUCUCGGGAUCAUUUCGUUUAGCUGCAUUUUUAAAAAAAAACAAACCUUUUUAGAGAAUUGACGUGUGAAGGACGUUCGUUAAUGUACCCACUCACUCUAAGCCACUCUUGGCCACUUUUACUCUCCUCACAGCAGAGACAUGUAGCAUUUGUUGUUUUAUCAACUUGUUUCUCGCUGUUUUACAUUAACUCUCAUUAACUAGUGCUCUUUUACUAAGAUUCAAGACGGUUCAAUGUGAAGCUUUCCAGGCAUAUGAUCUUUUUUUUUUUUCUUUUUUUUUUCUUCUCCCCCGCGGUAAAGCUCAUCAGGGUUCUUGUACGAUAACGACAUCAUGAAAUCCUCUCACGUCUUUUUAAGUUGCAUUAAUUCUCUCCCCACAUGUAUUAUAUUGCUUUAUAUGUGAAUAUAUUGAGAAAUAGUUUUUUGAAAUCCUUUAAAUAAUCAGAGACAUUGUAAUCGGACUGUGGAGCUUGUGGUUUAUUGUGUAAAUAUGUGAAUACCAAACUAACUAAUAUGGUCAGUCCUCAGUCCAGCCAGCAGCUCUAGUGCUCCCAUAGCAACCAGGAUUCUUUCCCACAGCUCUGUGUUGGGUUUAAUGGGGUGUGUGGGUGGUGUAUUAUUAUUAUUUUUUUUUAUUUUUUUUUCUUGUUGUUGUUCAUUUAUUUUCCCCUCCCUUUUUAUUUCUUUCUCUAUUGAAAGACAUUUUUUUAUGUAUAAAACGGAGCCCCGCUCCACUGUAAGUACUGUGCAAGCACAUUGUCAUACUGAGUGUAAAGAACAUUUUAAAAUAAACUGUUUUGUAAAAAUAA